GUUGAUACUGAUUGUUCUAGUUUAAGAGAAUUAUUUUGGAAAGAAUCACUGGGAUUGACCACUGUGCCGAUCCCAACAGUCUUUACUCUGUCACAUCCAAACGACUCGUGCGUGCCUAGCUCUGGAACCGGACCACGAGAAUGACCCAGCCACGGCCGGACGAGUUCAAGCCUCCUCCGGAGUGUCCAGUCUUCGAACCUAGCUGGGAGGAAUUUAAGGAUCCUUUCGCAUUUAUCAACAAGAUUCGGCCUAUCGCUGAAAAAACUGGCAUCUGCAAGGUCCGACCGCCACCGGACUGGCAGCCUCCAUUUGCAUGUGAUGUUGACAGACUUCAUUUCACCCCGCGGAUCCAGAGGCUCAAUGAAUUGGAGGCCCAGACCAGAGUCAAGCUCAACUUCUUGGACCAGAUUGCCAAGUUUUGGGAGCUACAGGGAUGCAGCCUCAAAAUUCCUCACGUAGAACGCAAGAUUCUAGACCUCUACCUCCUCAACAAGCUGGUAACUGAUGAAGGAGGCUUUGACACGGUAUGUCGAGAUCGACGAUGGACCAAGAUAGCUCUGAAGAUGGGCUUUGCUCCAGGGAAGGCUGUCGGCUCUCAUUUGAGAGCCCACUAUGAGAGAAUCCUCUACCCGUACAGCCUGUUCCAGUCUGGAGCCAAUCUGCUGGAGCCAGAGCUAACAGCCAAACUGAUGCGUUUAGAGGCAGAUCCAGAGCUGGAGAAGUGUGUCACGAAAGCCAAUCUACCUGUGAACAGCAGCGAUAAGGAGUAUAAGUCACAUGACCUGGUCCAGAGGCAGUGUACACAGACCACAGACGCAUGCCCACCAUCACGCAGGGCCAAGCGCAUGAAAGCCGAGUCUGUCUGUGUGAAGACUGAGCCGGGAGAGCCCUGUGAGAACAGGCCCAAUCUGAGGAGGAGAAUGGGCUCUUUCGUAGCCAAGUCCGAACCAGAAAAGGAAAUACCUAUUCAAGUUAAGCAGGAGCCCAUUGAGAGUAAAGAAUUUCUGACAGAGACUGAGAAGAGCAAGCCAAGAUAUAAGAAAAAUGCCCCACCUUCCAGCAUAGUGGAUCUGUAUGUGUGUCUGAUAUGUGGGAGUGGCAGUGACGAGGACAAGCUGCUUCUGUGCGAUGGCUGUGAUGACAGCUAUCACACAUUUUGUCUGAUCCCGCCCCUACACGACGUCCCCAAAGGUGAUUGGCGAUGUCCCAAGUGUUUGGCUCAGGAGUGCAGUAAACCUCAGGAGGCAUUUGGCUUCGAGCAGGCUUACAGAGACUACUCCCUGCGUGCGUUCGGAGAGAUGGCUGACUCCUUCAAAUCUGAUUAUUUCAACAUGCCCGUCCAUAUGGUGCCCACUGAGCUGGUGGAGAAAGAAUUCUGGCGUUUGGUUGGCACCAUCGAGGAGGAUGUCACUGUGGAGUACGGCGCUGACAUCGCGUCCAAGGAGUUUGGCAGCGGAUUCCCCAUCAGGAAUGGCAGAUUUAAGGUCGCCCCCCAAGACGAGAAAUAUCUGAACUGUGGCUGGAAUCUAAAUAACAUGGCCAUGAUGGAUCCAUCUGUGCUGACACACGUGACGGCGGACAUCUGUGGCAUGACUCUGCCCUGGCUUUAUGUUGGCAUGUGUUUCUCUUCCUUCUGCUGGCACAUAGAGGACCACUGGAGCUACUCCAUCAACUACCUCCACUGGGGGGAGCCGAAGACGUGGUAUGGUGCUCCGGGCUUUGCUGCGGAGCAGUUGGAGGCUGUGAUGAAGAAACUGGCACCAGAGCUGUUUGAGUCCCAGCCUGACCUCCUGCACCAACUAGUCACCAUCAUGAACCCCAAUACACUCAUGGCCCACGGAGUACCGAUCUACAGGACGAAUCAGUGUGCAGGGGAAUUUGUCAUCACCUUUCCCCGAGCCUAUCACAGCGGCUUCAACCAGGGCUUCAACUUCGCCGAGGCUGUCAACUUCUGCACCGUGGACUGGAUGCCUCUGGGCCGACAGUGUGUGGAUCACUAUCGUCUUCUGCACCGAUACUGCGUCUUCUCCCACGACGAGAUGAUCUGUAACAUGGCAGCCAAAGCGGACAGCCUGGACGUGGUUUUGGCCUCGGCCGUGCACAAGGACAUGCUUCUCAUGAUUAACGAGGAGAGCGAUCUAAGGGACAAAGUCCGCAAAAUGGGGGUGCUGCUUUGUGAGCAGGCAAAAUACGACCUGCUGCAGGAUGACGAGAGACAGUGUGGUAAAUGUCGGACCACCUGUUACCUGUCUGCGCUAACCUGUCCCUGUAGGCCAGGCGCGCUGGUGUGUCUGCAUCACGCCCAAGAUCUCUGCUCCUGCCCUGUCUCCAGCUACACACUGAAUUAUCGGUUUACACUGGAGGAGCUGUACCCCAUGAUGAAUGCUGUGAAGCAGCGAUCCGAGUCCUACGAUGAGUGGGCUUCCCGAGUCACCGAGGUGCUUGAGGCCAAACUGGACAAAAAACGAAACCUUGCAGUCUUCCGUUCGCUGCUCGAAGAAUCUGAGAAGAACGGUUUCCCUGACAACGACCUGCUCCGUCACCUGCGUUUAGUGACCCAGGACGCGGAGAAGUGUGCAUCUGUGGCUCAGCAGCUGCUCAACGGCAAGAGGCAGACGAGGUACCGGCAUGGUGGGGGCAGGAGCCAGAACCAGCUGACCGUGGAGGAAAUGAGGUCAUUCGUAAGACAGCUGUAUAACCUGCCCUGCAGUCUCACACAGGCUCCCUUACUGAAGGAGCUGCUGAAUCGCAUCGAGGAUUUCCAGCAGCAUAGUGAAAAGGUAUUGGCUGACGACGUGAGCCCGGAUUCGGUGGCCGAGAUCCAGUCCCUGCUGGACACGAGUUUCGAUUUUGACGUUAGUCUACCUGAGCUGCCGAAGCUGAGGGAGCGGCUGGAGCAGGCACGCUGGUUGGAGGCCGUCCGGCAGGCCGAGGAGGCGGCACCUCCCCCGCACGGCCUCUCGCUGGACUCCAUGCGCAGGCUGAUUGACCAGGGAGUGGGUUUGUCCCCUCACGUCUCCGUGGAGCGCACCAUGGCCCGUCUGCAGGAGCUACUCACUGUGUCUGAGCACUGGGAGGAGAAGGCGCACGGCCUGCUCAGAGCCAGACCUCCAGAAAGUUUGGAGACGCUGGCCGCCGCAGUGAAGGAAGUGGAGGGCGUCCCUGCCUAUCUCCCCAACUGUCUCCAGCUACAGGAGUCCGUCAGAAAAGCCAGAGAGUGGCUUCAUGAGGCUGAAGCUCUGCAGCUCGGAGGCCGCAUCCCUGUGUUAGAUGCUCUGUCUGACGUGGUCCAGCGAGGACGAGCCAUCCCAGUUCAACUGGAGCCACUCGAGCGACUGGAGGCACUGGUGGGAGAGGUCCAGGCCUGGAAAGAAUCUGCAGCUAAAACCUUCCUCAUGAAGAAUUCUCCCUUCACUCUGUUAGAGGUUUUAUGUCCGCGGUGUGAGUUUGGAGGGGGCGCUCUGAAGAGGAAGCAGAAGAAAGUGAAGGGUGACUCAGUUUCCUGUGGAAAAAAGAAACCAGUGAAGCUGGAGAGUCUGAGUGAUGUGGAGAAAGCCCUGUCUGAGAGCAAAGACUCUGCCUCAGCUAUGGCUACUCUUGGGGAGGUGCGUUUAAAGGAGAUGGAGGCUCUGGCCUCACUCCGGGCAGCUAAUGAAUCUAAGCUCCUCCCCACCGCCGACUGCGCCGACCUCAAAGUGUGCGUGUGUCAGAAGCCGCCGAUGGGAGCCAUGCUGCAGUGCGAGCUGUGCCGAGAUGCUUUCCACAGCGUGUGCGUCCGGGGGCCAGAGGAUCCCCGCGUCGCCCAGGCCUGGCUGUGCCCGCACUGCCAGCGCUCAGAAAAGCCAGCCCUGGAUAAAAUCCUCCCCCUCCUGGCCUCGCUGCAGCGGAUCCGGGUCAGGCUUCCAGAGGGCGACGCCCUUCGUUACAUGAUAGAGAGGACAGUUAACUGGCAGCGCCGGGCACGGCAGGUUUCGACGACCUUCAAUCUCCCGGCCCUUCAGGAUCACAGCGGCAGUUCCCCGCCGCAGAACCGCUGGGGAGCUCAGUAUCCUACCGCUAACACCAAUGGAAAGCACUCCUCUGGAUCCUCCCCAUCUCUGGCUCAGGAUUGGAACAGGUCCAUCCACGCCCAGACUGUCUUCUACACCGAGCAACGCUGUAUCCCUCUGCAGGGUCUGAGUCCAGAGCUGGAGGAGUUGAUGGUGGAGGGGCUGUUGCUGCAAGUUUCUCUGCCUGAGAUCCAACAGCUCUACCAAGUCUUACUGAACAGCCCCCCCUCCCUGCUCAGGUCCCCUCAGGAAACGCCAGACUGCGACAAACACAAACAGUACAACUCUCAGGGAAAGCAUUCGCCUCAGAAAGAGGAGAGUAUCUCAGCUCUGAAGAAGGAGGCCACGACCACAGUGGAGAAGAAGGCCAAGCGACGCGUGGAGAGAGAUGGGCUCGAUACGGAGGUCAGGGAAAGGGGGAUGAAGCCCAAAAACAAAAAGCAGAAAAUGAGUAAAGAGAAGAGGCGAGAAAGGAAAGCUGAUUCCACCUCUACCUCUCCUACCUGGCACUCUGAUCUCUCCCAGUCGGACGACUCUGAGGAAGACAUGGUCCUCUGCCCAGCAGAGCGCUGUCUACAGCCUGAGGGAGAUGAGGUGUUCUGGGUGCAGUGCGAUGGCUGUAACCAGUGGUUUCACAUGAUCUGCGUGGGCGUGUCGGCUGAGUUGGCAGCAGAGGAGGACUACAUGUGUGUCAACUGCAACAUGAACAACGGAGGCCAUCGGAGGAAGUGAGGAACGAACGGCGAGAGGUUCAGGGGGGCGGCUGGAGAGUGACCCGUUCCUCCAAUCCUCCUUUCUUGCCACCGUUACGUUCCUCCUUACUCUUUGUAAUACCCCUUCCCAGAUGUGUAACUGACCGUACUUUACCCAGUCCCCUUUACCUUUGUAACAACGGUGCUAUUUCUUCCUCUUUUUUUGGAUUUGUUGUCCUGAACUAUAAUAUUUGGUCACUUUUUUGUAUUUUUUACAACUUUUUUCCUCCUUUGAACUGUAUGUGGUUGUGAAAAAAAAAGAGAGAAAAAAAAGAGAGAGAAAAGUGUCACAGGAUGUGGAGUGUACUGCAUGGGUUUCUGUCACGGGGUGCAAAGUGGAGUAAGUUGAUAUGUGAACGUACCCCUGUGAAGAACAAGAUGUCUUAUCUCUUUCCUCUGGGACCUCUCUGCAUGCAGAACCAGAGACAUGAGGUGCAGGAAAUAAACAAAAAGAACAUAUAGAAGAGAAAAAAAAAACAAUUUUUCACCAAAUACAUUCAGUAAAUAAUAAAGAGAUACUUAUUUUUUGGAAACCCACUGUUUAGUACAUGCAUCUGGAAUCUGGAUAAUGUAAUCCCUGCCCCCUUCUUUUUUUUUUUUUGUAGAUUAGUUUUAUUUAUCUGAGCAAUAACGUCAGUCGACACUCAAUGGCUUGACCCCCUAUCUGAACCGUGUGUUGGUGCUUUAGCAAAGGUUUGAUGUACAGAGGGCUCACAGUUAGACUUGUGGUCUAGAGAUGUAGCAGACAGAGGGAUUUGUAUAAAUUUACUGCCACAUACUUGCUUGGGCUAUAUUGUGGGUGAGGGCUGUGGGUUUGAGCUUGUUUAAGAUGUUGCAGUUUAUA